AUGCUGGUGUCGGAUUUACAAUUAUCCUGUUCAACUGUUGGAAUAAGACUGGCGAUCUCAAUACAAUUUUGUGUUUCUAUCAUUGCUGUGAUCACUCUGCAACUAUCCAGUACUGACAUUGCUGUGAUCACCCUGCAACUAUCCAGUACUGACAUUGCUGUGAUCACUCUGCAACUAUCCAGUACUGACAUUGCUGUGAUCACUCUGCAACUAUCCAGUACUGACAUUGCUGUGAUCACUCUGCAACUAUCCAGUACUGACAUUGCUGUGAUCACCCUGCAACUAUCCAGUACUGACAUUGCUGUGAUCACCCUGCAACUAUCCAGUACUGACAUUGCUGUGAUCACCCUGCAACUAUCCAGUACUGACAUUGCUGUGAUCACUCUGCAACUAUCCAGUACUGACAUUGCUGUGAUCACCCUGCAACUAUCCAGUACUGACAUUGCUGUGAUCACUCUGCAACUAUCCAGUACUGACAUUGCUGUGAUCACUCUGCAACUAUCCAGUACUGACAUUGCUGUGAUCACCCUGCAACUAUCCAGUACUGACAUUGCUGUGAUCACUCUGCAACUAUCCAGUACUGACAUUGCUGUGAUCACUCUGCAACUAUCCAGUACUGACAUUGCUGUGAUCACCCUGCAACUAUCCAGUACUGACAUUGCUGUGAUCACCCUGCAACUAUCCAGUACUGACAUUGCUGUGAUCACCCUGCAACUAUCCAGUACUGACAUUGCUGUGAUCACCCUACAACUAUCCAGUACUGACAUUGCUGUGAUCACUCUGCAACUAUCCAGUACUGACAUUGCUGUGAUCACCCUACAACUAUCCAAUACUGAUAUUGCUGUGGUCUCCAUGCAACUAUCCAGUACUGACAUUGCUGUGAUCACUCUGCAACUAUCCAGUACUGACAUUGCUGUGAUCACCCUGCAACUAUCCAGUACUGACAUUGCUGUGAUCACCCUGCAACUAUCCAGUACUGACAUUGCUGUGAUCACCCUGCAACUAUCCAGUACUGACAUUGCUGUGAUCACCCUACAACUAUCCAGUACUGACAUUGCUGUGAUCACUCUGCAACUAUCCAGUACUGACAUUGCUGUGAUCACCCUACAACUAUCCAAUACUGAUAUUGCUGUGGUCUCCAUGCAACUAUCCAGUACUGACAUUGCUGUGAUCACCCUGGAACUAUCCAGUACUGACAUUGCAGUGAUCUCACUGUAA